GUUUCAAACGCGCAGUGUCAGGUUUAAUAUAUCAUCCGUCAAUCGCUGCAAAUAUUCCCCUCUCCUCAGCCACAUUUUCACAGACGGUGCCUCUUUCCGUGUGCUUACACUUUCUAUUUACAUUUUCUGACGAAACACAGAGCUGGCCGGCGCAACUGCGAUUUGUAAGCAAUACGAAAGGAGCGGAAAACUGCAGCGCCAAACAAACGUCCCUUUUAACGAGCCUCGAUGAGCUAAACCGAGAUUCACGAAGGGAACGUUUUAAGUUUAGCACGACGACAGUCCCUUAGCCCCUUAGCGACGCGAAUAAAAACGUAAGUGCUGGACGUUGAGCCGGCGGUCGAACUUUGAGGAGGCUCUGCAGUGGACAUCGCUCACGAGAAACGACGAAGGCGAGAGGAACGAGCGCGCGCUCAAGGAGGCUCUGAGGUGAUGCUGUAACACAUUCAACAGCGUUCAGCGGAGUCAGCACGUUGUGUUACAUCUAUGGACUGCGGUGCUGGAUGUGGGCAAGAUCUGAGGAGCGUGGGGCCAGUUACGCGGUGAAGAACGGCGCCGUGUGCCAGUGGUUUUUUAAAGGGCGCAUCCCGAUCUGAGUGAAACCUACCAAGUAUUAACUCUACUGGAUUUUACCCGAAGGGAGGCUGUUCAGAACCCAUGUGGUUUAGACAUUUCCUCCCCGGAUGUGGAUACUAGGCUUAUUUUAUGUGUCCAGCAAAACGUGUCAACGGUGGUAGAUUUAUCCCCGAUUUCUUUACAGAUUUUGUAGAAGAUUUGUUCUCUUCCAGCCCCCCUUCCCCUUUUUUUGCACCUGCUUUGCUUUGUCAAAGCUCACCGAGCGCUUCAGAGCGCGCUGCUCUUACUUGCAUCUCCGUACAUCGUGCAUGGAUUCUACAUGAACUGGGGGUUUUGUGAGGGCUGCAGUGAUGCUCCCAUUUACUGAUAUCGCCUCACACCUCGCAUUUCCUGACAGAAAUGGACUGCCUAUAAAUGUUUGGGGAGAGAAACUCAGCGGGCAUUAAAUUAUGAAUGUUGAACAAGAUGACCUCUUACCAUCAGCGCCAGAUGUUGAGAGGUCCUAGAUGGAAAGGGGCUUGGUUUGACCCCUUGUUUCUCCUGCUUCUAGCCCUGCAGUUGCUUGUUGUCGCCGGAUUGGUAAGAGCCCAGACCUGUCCUUCCGUAUGUUCCUGCAGUAAUCAGUUUAGUAAGGUCAUCUGCACACGCAGAGGGCUAAAGGACGUCCCCGAUGGCAUCUCCACCAACACACGCUAUCUAAACCUUCAGGACAAUCAGAUCCAGGUCAUCAAAGUAGACAGUUUCAAGCAUCUGCGACACCUUGAGAUUCUUCAGCUCAGCAGAAACCACAUCCGCAACAUCGAAAUUGGCGCCUUCAACGGGCUGACAAGCCUUAACACGCUGGAGCUUUUUGACAAUCGCCUCACGACCAUCCCAAAUGGCGCCUUUGAGUAUCUAUCAAAACUGAAAGAGCUGUGGCUUAGGAAUAACCCUAUUGAGAGCAUACCGUCUGAUGCCUUCAGUCGCUUGCCCUCCCUGCGGCGGUUAGACUUGGGAGAGCUGAAGCGCCUCUCCUACAUUUCCAGUGGAGCCUUUCAGGGCUUGAGCAACCUUCGCUACCUGAAUCUGGGCAUGUGUAACCUCAAAGAGGUCCCCAAUAUUCAGCCCUUGAUUCGUUUGGAUGAGCUGGAGAUGUCCGGGAACCAGCUCACCGUUAUUCAGCCCGGUUCUUUUAAAGGUCUCGUCCAUCUUCAGAAGCUGUGGAUGAUGCACGCCCAAGUCCAAACCAUAGAGCGCAACUCCUUCGAUGACCUGCACUCUUUACGGGAGCUCAACCUGGCUCACAACAACCUUACCUUUUUGCCCCACGAUCUCUUCACGCCUUUGCACCACCUACAGAGAGUGCAUUUGCAUCACAAUCCCUGGAACUGCAACUGUGACAUUCUUUGGCUGAGCUGGUGGCUGAGAGAGACCGUACCAACCAACACCAGCUGCUGCGCCCGCUGCAAUUCCCCUCCCAGCCUCAAGGGGCGCUACAUUGGCGAGCUGGACCAGAGCUACUUUCAGUGCUACGCACCCGUUAUCGUCGAGCCGCCUGCCGACCUUAAUUUGACUGAAGGAAUGGCGGCAGAACUCAAAUGUCGGACGAAUUCAGUGACCUCGGUCAGCUGGCUAACACCAAAUGGCUCCAUCAUAACACAUGGGGUGCUCAAGAUGCGCAUCUCCGUCCAAAACGACGGAACGUUAAACUUCACCAACGUCACCAUUCAGGACACAGGAACCUACACGUGCAUGGUAAGCAACAUGCUAGGCAACAUUUCGGCCUCCGCUGUCCUCAACGUGACAUCAGUUGACAACAGUGGCUUUAGUUACUUCACUACAGUCACUGUAGAGACAAUUGAAACCGUUAUCGAUGGGGAGAGUAGGACACCGGUGCAGCCAUCUUUCGGCUGGGCGUCCUCUUCGACCACAAGGGGAACACCUAUUGCCACCGAGAGAGCGUACACCAUUCCCGUGACUGACAUAGACAUUGAUGGUGCUCUCAAUGGUUUGGAGGAGGUGAUGAAAACCACCAAGAUCAUCAUUGGCUGCUUUGUGGCCAUCACGCUCAUGGCGGCCGUCAUGCUCAUAAUAUUCUACAAGAUGCGCAAGCAGCACCACCAGCAGGAUCACGAUGGGCCGACCCGCACCAUCGAGAUCAUCAACGUACACGAGGAGCUGACGAGGGUCCCGGCCAUGGAGAGCCACCUGGCUCUCCCGCCCCUGGAGCAUGAGCAUUACAACCACUAUAACUCCUACAAAACUUCUUAUAACCAUGUGUCCGCUCUCGGCUCGCUGCAUAGUUCAGUGCAUGAACCUUUACUAAUCCAAGCCAGCUCAAAGGAUAACGUGCAGGAGACGCAAAUUUGACCCUGUCAGACGAACAAACUUUACUAAUGCUGUUUAAAUUUUGGCUGUGGACAUGCUGUCAUAAUGAAGAUGACAGUGUGCAUUGAGACAUUCAGCAAUGUCAGCGAGAGCCAGGGUGUAUAAUUAUUUUAACAAGUGUCUUUGCAAAUCUUAUUUAUUUAAAGAUAUGUGAAGUGACUGAAUCAUGAAAUCACAAGUUAAAAAGGUUAAUAUUUUCUUUUUUCAUUUCUACAUUUUGAGAACUGGGGGAACGAAUGGUUUACUUUCAUGUUAUGGUAGAAUUAAGGUCAACUGCGAUGGUUAUGAGUGCAAUGAGACAAGAGUUGUGGGUUGUUGGUUUUUUUAUUACAUCCCUUUGCACAGAUGUUUUAGUUGUUGUUUUUUUUGUUUGUUUUUUUGAGACACUGGAAACAAAAAGUGGCCACUGAAAACAGCAGACUUUAAAUCGCAUGGAGCACUUAGAUAUGAAUAGUGGGCCUGAUGGAUUCAGUGACUCUAGAGAGGUGUAUAAAUGGUUACAUUUCCCCAUGAAAAAUCCUGUUACUGAACAAAAAAGGGAAAGCUUUCAUUGUCAGGCCUGGAUUAUUCUGCAAAUGCAGCUUGUGGGAUAUGACAUAUUUCUAGUAUUUAUAGAAGCCAGUGUUCGCAACACACAUCAAUUAACUUCAAUUCGGAAAAUAGGUUUGCAUAAUUGCCUUGAAUUACAUGCCCUUAAGUCAAGAUAGUAUCUAAAAUGUGGCGAUGGGAAAUCUGCAUUUCAGGUUCAGCAUUUUUUCACAAAAUCUAUUUGUAACUGUAAAUGCCAGCAAUCUAUAAAUAUAAAUAUGAAUUCAGUGAACAUCAGGCCAGUGCAAUUAUAGACCCAAUGCCACAUGUGUGUGGGAUAUAAUAGUAUGUUAACCAAACGCAAGAUAUGAAAUAACCCUGAGUGGCUGAGGACAAGGGAAUGUGAUUUCUAAGAUCGUUUCAGACAAAAAUGGCUGAGGAAAUAAAUAAUGAAAUAAAAAAUAGCCUUCUAAUGUCACUAUGGAAACCAAUGACCUACUGAAAAAAAACCACGCUGGACACAAUCAGAGUGCAGCCCAGUGCUUAAAACACGCAUUGUUUAUUUGAGAAUUGCAUUAUUUUAAAUAGAGCUGAUUUGUAAGCCAACGGUUUUUACUGUGUAUGUAUGCUUUUAUAUGUUUGUGUUGUAUCCGUCAUAUACCAUGAGUUAUUAUCUUUCCAUUUUAUGUUCUGUCGUGUUUUUGGAAAUCACUUUUUUGUGUGGAAUUGUUUAUUUGACUGGCAACUGCGUACCUCACCUAACGCGAUGAGUGUGUGAGUGUGCCGUGUGUCCAUACGUGCAAAGGGUAGCGUGUUUGUGCGCUCUUGCCUCUGUUUUUCAGCAGCUUGUGUAUUGCUUCCUCAAAAUGUCUCUCAGCCUAAAAGUGUGACGUCUCUCCCCCUUUUAAUCAUUUUGGGCGGCACGGUGAGAAGAUGUGAUACUGGUCUAACCAGUCAACUGCUGAAGUAAACCUAAUAGGUUCAUAUGUCAAAGGCAUCAGAACGGUACAUGAAGUAUAUACCUCUAAUUCAUUACAUGUGCUGACAAGUUUCAUUUUAAAUAGAUGUGUUUGCCAGCAGGGAAUUCAUCACACAACAUUGUGUAUUUAAGGUUUUAAUCUUACAUUUUAGCAGUGAAUUAACAGAGUCAUCUACUGAAUGUGACAUCAAAACUUAUUUCCUCUUACAUUAUUAUUAUCUUUUUAUUAUUAUUAUUAUUAUUUAUUUAAUUUUACACUUAAAUUUUUUGGUGGCCCCAGACAUUUACUUUUAACCUCAUUGUCAUUCAUAUAUGGAAGAUUAAUUAUUAUCACGUGUUACGCAUUUCAUAAAGGAUAAACUGUUGCUUCGCAGCAUAUUUGUUUUUUCAAUUACUUCACUUUUGUAUUCAAUUAAAAAAUGUUCCUACCAUUUUUAUUGUACAUAAUAGGUGGGAUAAACUGGGACACUAGAAAAAAAAACAGCAUUGUGCUGUUGAAAAAAAAAAGAAGAAGAUGACAAUGUCUCUGUUUUCAGAGGGUCUGUAUAUGAAUGCUAGCUUGCUCCUAUCUGCUUCAGUGUUCCUGAGCACUGCAUCAGUUACAGAAGCUACUUUGACUAGAUCAUUGAUACCUACAUGGCCUACAUAGAAAAUCUGUGGUGUUGGACUAAGCGGAUUCUCUUUUGUUUUCUUCUUGUGAUUUGUUAUUGGUAACUCAUUUUAGAUUUCUAUGCUGAACUGAAGUGAUUUUUUUGGCAAGAGAAUGUCUCUUUAUUGACAUAUUUCUACAAGAACUGUUAUUGAAAAAUAACCAAUAAUAUUUCUGUCAAACUACACAUUUGCUGAUCAGUUCAUAAUGCUACUGUAUGGGGGAUACAGCUAACUAAGCGUUAACCAUGAAAAAAAAAAAAGAAUAAAAUACCAGAGAUUGUAGUUCAUACGGUACAUGCUGUAAAUGUAAAUAAAAUGUUUUUUUUUUCUAAAGUGUAAA